CUCAUAUUGGACGUGAUCGCGUUUACAAAAAAAAAUCUGUUCCUUCUUUUUGUUUUAUAUUUUCAUACAGUCUUAAAGGAAUACAUUUAUUAUAAAUAAUUAUAAAACGAAUAUCGACAUCUUACUGGCGUUAAAUAAUACGAGCUUACGACUUAAUAAAACGUUUAUGAUUUUUUUUAUUGUGAUAAAUCUCUUUUCUUAAACUGACCAAUCAAAAUAAUAACAAAAUUGCAAUACUCGUACCUGUCUGCAUUCUCCUUUUCGUUUGUCUUAUAUUCUCAUAUUGAAUAUCUGGACGAUUGUGUUUACACCACCAGUUAAGUUCAGUUUUUAUUUGCAGUACCUACAUACUAAUUCCAAAACGAAGUUAACUUGGAAAAAAUAUAUAACUUGGUUAUGUCAUCGUUUGUUCUUCUUUUUCACAAGUGUUAAUUGAAAUUUCUUUCAAGUUAUUAAUUUGUUAAUUUGUUUAUUGAAAGAAUUUUUUCCAAAAUAAAAUGUCACUGUAUUAUUGAUAAAGCGUGAUAUGUUGUGCAGCAAACAUCUUCGAAUCGCUCAAAUAUAAUCUUUUAAAAUGAAGGACCAAGUAAACAUGUUGAGUAGGAUAUAUCAACUCAGCAAUUGAGGAUUUUAAUUCAUGUUCAAACCUGGACUUAUUCUUCUUUUUUUAACGAAGCCUUACAUUUUUGAUUAAAGAGAGCAUUUUUGUAAAUUUAUUUGUCAAACACACCCAAUCUGAAACUUUUCCACAUCGAUUAAAAAUUGAAAUUCCUAACUGAUACUUGGGUGAAGAAGACACAAAUUGAUUGAAAAUGCCUGCAGAGUAUAAAUAUCGUUGAAUCAUAUUCUAUAAAAAAGUAAAACAUAACUAAGUCCAUCAGAAGGUAACGGGUAAAAUGGAAGCAGCUGUUCAUCGAACUGAUUCUCAAAAAGUUCAACCAAAUGGCCCAAGAGUAUCGUUCAAUCGGGAUGUACAUGUGAAAAGAAUCGGAACACGUCCAAACGAAAAAUCAAACUAUAAAAUCGAAACUACCAAUCUUCAGCCACCAAGCACAAAGCAUUUAAGAAGGGAAUUACCCGCCGAUCUAUCUGAAGAAGGUAUUCGCAAGGAAGCAGCUCACGUUCUAGCACAGGCAGAAAAAAUCAAGUGCAAAGCUGAAAGUGGAAAAAAUAUUAAAAAUUUGAAUAGCAAAAAAUCCGCCUCUAAUAAGUUUCACUCCCUUCCAACACGUAAAAAGAAAACAGUCGAGAAGCCAGUUACUAGAAGCGUAAGUGACGCAUCUUCAAAAAAAUCGAAGAAACCAUCAAUAUUUAAUAUAUUUAGUCGCAAAAGUGAUUCGAAUCUCAACCAAGGCCAACAAAGCGGUACAAGUUUAGAAGAAAGUGGUAGUCGUCGCUUGGUUCGGAGUAAAAGCGAUGUUGGUUCGUACAAAGACACUAAGGUUUCCAAAAAGGCAAAUUCAGAGAAAGAAGAUUUAGUUAUAGGAAACGGUAAAUCCACUCAACUUAGUCCAAUAAUUGAGAACGCACAGAAAGAGGAUUAUUUUGAGGAAAUAUUUAACUGUGAACGCCGAAAGUCUGAAGCAAUUACUGCCCAUGAAAAAAAUGCAACAAAUUUAAAAGAUUUUUUAUCAAAGUAUAACACUGAACCAAAGUUAAGUGGUAAUAUAGAAUAUACAAAUUCCGAAGACAAAGAUUUCGUGCCUUCUAAGCCGAUUGCUGAAACGAUUCAAGAAUUACAAGACAAUAAGAUAAAAUCUAUCGAGGAUAUGCACAGCUCUCAGAUACCCCCUAGAAAGCCAGCACUCACAAAAGGACUGACUGUAAAUGGAAUGGUCAAGCGACUGUCGAUGGAAAGAUUUUCACCGCCCCCUACAAUAUCAGGACCAGCAUUUUCAUAUACUCGACCCAACGAAAACAUAAUCUACGCUCAACUUGUUGAAGAAGAAAAGUCCUCAAAACGGCCGACAGCUUUGAAUAGCUCACAUCGGCACAGUCAUAAUCAUAGAGCAGCCAUCAAACCACUGGACGUUCUUGAUCAUCCGUCUAGUCAUAAAAUUAGGAUAGAACCAACAUCGCGUGUUUUUAUAAGCCCAGAAAGAGAAACAUUUUCUCCCGUUAUAGGACCAACCAUGAUUCGAAUUCAAAAGUCAUCUUCUCCUUGGCAGCAAUAUAAUUCUCGGAAUUUAAGUGACGAUGACGAGGGCUUGGGGACUGAAACUCGUAAAUAUUUUGAAGAAGACUUUCAAAACCAAAAUUAUGAUCAUAGCAACAGAGCUUACCCUGAAGUUCCUAUCGUGCCGAUCAACCGAAGUGUAACUCCUCCAGAUAUGAGACAACCAACACCCAUUGACGAGAUUAAUACCUUAAGCCGUCGAAGGGCGAAUCUAGAAUCUAGAAUAAGAUCAAGAAGCUUCGCUCCACCAGAAACAAAUACUAUGCAUUAUCGUGCUUCCCCUGAAGCUUAUGGAGUUCGUGAAGAAUCUUUCGAUAAGCAGUAUUUGACACCUGAAAGAGAAGAUAAUAGUCGCUUCCAUAAACUGAGAUCAGAAGAGAUUAUAAAUAAGUAUUCUCCAGAACGAUCUCAUUUGGAUAUGAUUGCUCCAAAUAAAAUUAACGGACAUCAAAGGCAUCAUACCUCACGGUAUGUGCAUACGAAAUAUUAUGACGAUGGAACAGGUGUUGAUAAGGAAAUCUAUGAACGGGAGGAAAAGUUGGAUAGCCAAGGCAAACCUAUUGUAAGAGAGUCCCGAAGAAGGGAGCGAUAUGAUUCAGGUGGAAAGACAAUAGACAAUAAUUUCAUUGCAAAUGACUACGAACCAAAAAGCCUGGAAUCAGAUGUUUACCAGCCUUCUCCAGAAAAUCAGAAAAAUAUAAGCUCAGUAAGUCAAAUUAAUUCUUCGGAAGCAGACAAUUGGCAGCAUAGUUUAAAGAGAGAUAAACGCCAACAAAGAAGUUUUGAUAAAGGAGACUCGGGUAUUGAGAAUGACUUCCGAAAAGAAACAUUUAAUGGAAGUGGAAGUUCAAAAUGGCGUAAGCGAACACUAAAAGACGAUGUAACUGCUUGUGAACUUUUUAUCAAAAAAGAACGUCGUCACACGGAAGAUCAACAUCCACAACGUAAAAGAUACGACUUUGUUUAUCGCGAACGCAGCAUUGAUGAUGGCUCGCAUUUCGACCCCAGAUUAGAUAAAUAUCCAAAAUCUUCUACCUCCACACUACGCCGAAACGGCAAGGAAAACCCUCCCACAUUAACACCAUCUAGUCAUUCACAUCAAAAAGGAGAUACCCUCAAACGAAAUAAGAAGGUCGGUGGUUUUGAGAAGGUUAAAUUGCUUUUUAGUGGAAAUCGGAAGAAAGAACGUGAAACAAAUGUCAUGGUGAAGGAAAAAAGUGCACCUGAACUUAAUACUGCUACUAAUGGUACCACUAAGGACAAAUACAUGGUAAAGGAGGAAGAGAUGCGUUCAAGGUAUCGGGAACAUCGCGCAAGUCAUCAAAAUGACUUGCUUGAGCCAAAAAUAACAACCGACAUCUCUUUGCGGCGCCGGCUUUCAACUCCAAAAGCAAGUCCUUUGCUUAAACGAACAUCAUCUGAAACGGUACAUAGAAAUUCUACCUUAACUUCACAGAACAAAGUCGAAACAAAGCCCGGAAAAUCUUCCUGGUUCAAAUCCAUAGAAAGAAGAUCGAAAAGCAAAUCUAAAGAAAGGCUCGACAAUCCAUCAAAUAUUGAAAAUGAAUCAACUAGGGCUUCUAAAUACAGAACCCAACGAACACCUCCAACUGCACCGCCGCCGAUUCCACCAAAAAAUUUCCGUUUCUUUGGUGACACUGAUAUAGACUCAAAUCCUCCAACAAUAUCGAAAGGCACUACUACCCAUAGGUCGAGGCCCAUUGAAAACACUUUUAAUCGCACGCAAAAGUACUCUCAAAGUGCCUUCCACCUCGAUCGCAUUAAUCAGAUACCUCAAUCAGCUUUAUCUAAUCGUCUUCGCAGUACUUCUCUUCAACAUCUCGAUGAAGAUGGCACUGAUGAAACUGAUACCCGCAAACGUCGACAUUACUCUAGAUCUCGAAACCUCGAUGAUAUAUCUGAAAGUGGAUCAGAAACAGAAGAUCAUUACCACAAACAGCCAUUAACUCCAGUCAAUCGAUCAUUGCCCAGGGAAAAACCUAACUAUACGCCUCGGUAUAAUGAGAGGAGCAAGGCUGAACGCCAUCAAACUACUUCGCAAAUAACAUCGAAGAGAUCAUCGGACCAUCCAAGCAGUAUUGAUCCUUAUAAUCAAAGGGCAAACGUACUACCAAAGCCGCUUAGAAGUGCCGAACGACGAUUCCAUUUAAGGGAGCAAGAACGACUUCCAGACAGUUCUGGUACUGAAGGAGAAUCAAGUAUGCAAAGUCAGCGCAGUAUUGUGUAUCUUCAUGCUACAACAGUCGGUGCAAUACCCAUACCAUACCAGUCAAUCUCCCAAAGACGUCGGGCAACGUCUCGAGAAGAUUUACAAAAGAAUACACUUCAACCUAUGACAAGAUCUGUCUCCCGUUCGGUAUCGAUGCUAGCACCUUGGAAGCCAAAACAUAUGAGUGAAGGUUACGAGAUCAACUAUUCACAAGAACAAAAUGAGAAGGAUAAGAAAUUGUUAACCCUUCCUCGUAAAAACACAUCUACACAUGUUUCAUCAAGCACACUCAAACGCAAUAAGAAAGCCGAGCAGCCAUCUCGAAUAAGAAGGCAAACUUCUACUGCCAAAUCCAAAGAAGAUUUGUCAUCAAUAAGAAACUCUUCGAGUACGAGUGCCCCAAAGUCAAAUCUUUCGUCAACCAUGGACUCCCGAAAAGAAACUUUAAGACGCAAAUAAAAACUGCCUACAUAAACUCUUAGGAUACAAAAAUUUCUUUCACAUUUUCGAAUACGAAACUUAACCAAAUAGAAAAAUCAAAAUUUAAAAAACUCGGUGCUAAUCAACGAAAGACGAAACCUUAACCCCUUAGUUGAUGACCGAAUCAAUUUAUUAGCAAUAAAUCGGCUUACCUCUACCUUACCUCUAACUUUUAAUACAACUCGAAAAACUUUCAGAUAUAUUAGUUCAGCCAUAGAUUUUUUCUAUAACACCUUGUGUUACUGCCCAAGUAAAUUAGCUACAUCUCUCAACACCAACGUACAACAACAUAUAUCAUUCAUAUUUGUCUGUUUCAUAGAUACAACUGGGAGUGAAGUUGAAUAGAUUACAAUCUAUUUCUUUGUUUUUAAAUGACGUGAGGUAAGGUUAGUGCAGUUUCUCCUUCAAUAUCUUCUUUGGUUUUUGAUCUCAAAAACUUCCGAAAAAGAAAGUAUUUCCGAUAGUAUUUUUCUUGAAGAACAGGCACGUGCUGGUCCUUCAAGGAUUAAACAAAAAUAUUGCGUCCACAAUCAUAGCUGUCGUAAUAAAACUAAAACAGACUUCUCAUCUUUAGCACGUCUUACAACAACUGUUCCAUUUUUUAUUUUAUUUAAGCCUUUAGUCAAGAAAGAAUGUGAACUGGAUUAUCAAAUCAACAGUAAAUCGAAUUAAGUCAAUGAUAGUAGAACUAACACAUUUUCCGCUUAAACGUUUCGCCAAGCCAUAACCAAAUUAAUUUUUAAUCCAUUCAUUACGAAAAAACGCCAUUUCAUUUGAGAGAAUUGUUAAAAACUACAAAAUUUACUACCACAAUUAGGUACUUCCAAAUUCCAAAAACUAGAAAAUGCAAAAACCAUUACUUUGAUGAAUGAUACAAAAUUGGAAAUUCAAUAAGAGACGGAGUCUUAAUCAAUUUCCUUAUAAAAUUAUUCUUGUUUCAUUUGUACACCUGCUAUGAGGUAAGGAAAUUUCAGAUUUAUCAAAGUAGUUAGUUUUACUCUACGUUUGAAAGUGCGAUGGCUUCGUGUGAGAUUUUGGUGAGGCAUUUUAUGUUUAUAAGAAUAAGACCUUUUUAUUUGAAUAAGAGGUUGUAUAUACUAACGAUAAAUACAAUAUAAAUACAUUACGUCCAUAAACUUACAUAUAAGAUUCUUUUUUUUUAUUUCACUAACAUAUUUAUAUUAAAAGAAAAUUGUGAAU